AAUAAAAUGGCUGACGCUGAACUCAUUGCAAAUGCAAGGAAGUGAGAGUGCUUAUUUUAUUCUAUUUUCUUUAUUUUGAAAUGCAAAUUAAAUUUCCUAUAAAGUUAAAUAUUUUAAACGUACGAUUUAAUUUCCACAAGUUCUUUAGUACACAAUUUGUAUAAUUAUUGGAAAGUCAGUAUUUGACAAUGGCUGUGUUAGCGGCGGCACAGUUGUUGGACGAGUUGAUGGGCAGACAUCGCAAUACUAAUCCAAACGAAAAGAUCAGGAAACCAAAUUGGGAGGAUCCAGAAUACUGUAAAUAUUAUAUGGUCAAAUUCUGUCCACAUGAUUUAUUUGUGAACACAAGAGCUGACCUCGGGGCCUGUCCUAAAGUUCACGAUGAUGAAGUUAAGGAUCUGUUUGAAAGAGCAGAGUCUUCAUAUAAAAAAGCUCAAUAUGUUGAAGAGUUUCUUCGGUUCUGCCGUCACAUGAUCAAUGAUGUUGAAAGAAAAAUUCAAAAAGGUAAGCAAAGACUGGAACUUAUGAACUCAAAACCAGAGGGUCCGCCAAUGACUCAAGCUCAAACGGAGAAAAAUCAAGAGCAGGUGCAACUGUUAUCAGAAAAGAUCACAGCUUUAGUACAAGAAGCAGAGGAAGCCGGCACCUGUGGCAAUGUGGAGCAGGCCCAAGGUCUGAUGAAGCUGUGCGACAGACUGAAAGAGGAGAAAGAUACGCUUUUAAAGCAGCAGGAAAAUAGCCACUGGUCAAUGACAGCCGAGCUGGCGGCGGCGCAGGAGAAGCAGAUGGAAGUGUGCCCCGUGUGUGGCGCCUUCCUGAUUGUGGGUGACGCGCAGCAGAGGAUUGAUGACCAUUUGUCCGGCAAGCAGCAUGUCGGCUACUUUAAACUACGUCAAGCGUACGAAGAAAUGAACGAAGCUCGUGAAAAGGAACAACAGGAGAAAGAGAGAAAACGCCGCGAGGACAGAGAAAGAGAGCGCAGCAUCCGCGGCGGCGGGCUCGGCUCCGACAGGAGAGAUAGAGAGAGAAUGGAGAGAGACCGCGAGCGGGACAGGGACAAGGAUAAGAGUGAUAGGGGGGAGAACAAAGAGAAAGAUAAGGAACGUCACCGGUCAAGCCGCGAGGAGCGAAGCGGACGUCACGAGGAGCGCGAGGGACGGGACAAGGAUCGCGAGAAGGACAGGGGCGAGCGGGACAAGGACAGGGGCGAGCGUGACAAGGACAGGGGCGAGCGGGACAAGGACAGGGAGCGGGACCGUGACAAGGAGCGUGACAACAAGGAGCGGGACAACAAGGACCGGGAUCGCGAUCGUGACCGUGACAACAAGGACCGGGACCGAGAGCGUGACCGCAAGCACCGCAGGGAGAGAAGAUCUUCGCACGACCGCGGGUCGCGGCGUCGCUCCCGCGACCGCCACUAGUUGACUGAGGUAUCACAAAAUCCCCUCGAAACGCUUUAGUAACAUACCAAAAUAAAACUUCGGUUUAUGGCAAACGUAUGGGGAGUAAUGUCCCGUUGCACUCUCGAUUCGGUAGUUGUCGUCACACCGACGGACUUGGCAGGUAUUUGAUACGUAAUUAUGAAUAGCUGCUGGAAGCCGACAAGGGGGAGGCUUUUUGGUCAAUCGCGUGCAUCUUAUAAUUUUUUUUUUUACAAAUCGUGAGAUGUAAAAGAACCUAGCGAUUGACCAAUGAGGAUGAUAGAGCUGUCCGCAUAAACGCCGUCUUGUUUGAGGUAUUUUUUAUGUAUGUUACGUCGUUGUCGAUCUCGAGUCGCUACGGUCGGGAUGGUGCACGGUGGUGCAGAUUGAAUGCCAGGUAUUUGUUAGGUUUCGAUAUUGAUUGAUCGAUCCAGUUCUAAAAGUCAGUUUUUUUUUAAAUUAUAUUUUCGGUAAUCAUAAUUAAAUAUUGAUAGUCAAAAUAAAAACACCGGGUAAUUAAAAAAACAAAAUUAAUUAGGAUUUCAAAAGGAGCUUCUUACCGUCGUUGUUUAGACAUUUGUCAUACCAUUAACUAAACAGAAAUGGAGAUGUGAAGGAAGCGUUUGCCAUAUGCUUCUUGUUUCACAAAAUGGAUGCAGUUUUUACAUCUACUGUGAAUUUCCAGGUACCCUAUGCUAUGGCAACAAGUUGGCAAUUAGAUUAAAUUGUUUCACCAAAACUUUUUGAUAUUUUUCUCCAGAGUCAAGUUUAAAAAUAUUUUUUUAAUCAAAUUAAUUUUUUAGCACACUUGUGGCCAUUCAAAUAUUUAUCUAAAUUCAUACCCUUUUUCCCAAAAUGUGAAAAAAUAAAAUGAUUGAUUUCAAAUUACAUAUACUCAUUUUAUGUAAAUGUACUGUAAAUAUAUUUAUUUUUGUAAUUAACUAGACCCUUUCAAUCAUUGUAUUUUGUUCCACUGCAACAAAAGUGGUAACAUUCUCGUUUUUAGCAAAUGGAUGGACUUUUCAGUUGCAAAACCAACAGAGGAAGAUCCACAUCGAUGGAGGCGACUCAACCAUAGACAAUGAGGUACUUAUCAAAUUAAGAGAACAGCAGCAAUGAAGAGGCAGAAGAAUCGUUCGUUUAUAUCCGUCUCCUGGACGUCGUUUCCGAGGUGACCUAGUAUAUUUUACGUGUAUAACGUUUUUUUAUAAUUCCACUUUGACGUUAGGCAAAUGCAUGUAAACAAU